CACCCCAUCUCACCCAGCUCUGCCAACACCCCUUUGUCCUCACCCAGCUCUGCCAAUAACCCUCCAUCUCACCCCAUUUCACCCAGCUCUUCCAACGCCCCUCUGUCCUCACCCAGCUCUGCCAACACCCCUCCAUCCCACCCCAUCUCACCCAGCUCUGCCAACACCCCUUUGUCCUCACCUAGCUCUGCCAACAACUCUCUAUCCCACCCCAUCUCACCCAGCUCUGCCAACACCCCUUUCUCUGCCAACAACCCUUCAUCCCACCCCAUCUCACCCAGCUCUGCCAUCACCCCUCUGUCCUCACCCAGCUCUGCCAACAACCCUUCAUCCCACCCCAUCUCACCCAGAGCUGGAGACCCAGCACUCUCCACAUCCGCUGAGCGGCGAGGCUGGAAGCAUCCCGAGAGGAAGACGCUGUUUACACAGAAGCUGAUGCCGCUCCCAGAUACGGGCAGCUCCUGGAGUGGCUGCCUCCCAGCACCACCUCUGACCUUCCACCAUCGCGCUCCAGAGGGCAGGAAGCUGGUGAAAUAG